AUGCACGGUGACGUUGAAGCUGCUGGCGUCGGAGCCAUCGAGGUUUUGCCAUUCUUUCGCGAAAACGAUAACGCCUCAGUGGAUCCAGCUAUUCGAGAUACUGGUGUGCGACUUCAAGUUCAACGGACUGGUCAAGAUGAACUCUCUGCCGUGGAGACUGGUCAUGGGCGGAUCGCGUGGUGA